AUGUUACUCGAAGAAGAUCCCGCGACGCUCAUCCGAGCAACCGUGCAAAACUUCGCUGUCGCGCCCGACAAAGCUGCCCUCAAGCGCCUCCAGGACUCGACAGCGGUACUGAACCAGGCUCGAGAGCUGCGCCUCCGCGAAGCCGAGUCGUCGCUCAAAAAACUCUCACGGCAGCUCAAUACGGUCCAGUCGCAGUACGAGGAGCUCACCUUGCAACACUCGUCCGCCGCACACGCCUCGGAGAUGGCGCGUCUCGACACCCAAAAGUUUCGCACUGCCAAGGCCGCGUCCGACCUCGAGGUCGAGACGGAGAGGCUCUCUUCCCAGGCGGCGGAUCUAGCGGCGCGCCUGCAGGAGCUGGAACUGCAGGGUGUCGAGGGCGAGCCGGGAGCGGCUGAUCCAGUCGAGGACGAGGUUCUGCUGAGACUUAAGGUAUACAGGAGUCUCGGCAUAGAACUAGAGCGCGAGGGUGAGGAAUGGAGUCGCGCCGUUAUCCGAAACGACCGCAAGGGUGACGUCCAUGUGGUCAAUAUGGACAAGAAGUUCUCGAGGUUCUUCUAUGCCAAUUACUUUUGGAACACUCUCUGA